GCGUCCCUUCUCCUCUCCCCGCCCUUCAUCUCACCUCCCCUUCGGCGGCCCGUUUCCUCAUCGUCACCGCUGAGGUCUACCUGCCGAACCUGUGCCACUGACCUACUUCACCCAAACAUACAGCAUGUCGGCGUUCUUCUAAAUCCACUGCCGCAUAAAAUGAAGGGAAACGGUCGAGUGUUUUAACUUAAGCGCCGCCUUUGCCGGGUGGAAAUGCAGGACAAAAGCGGUAAAGGAGCAGCCGUCGGAGGAGACGCAGCAGCCGCAGCGCAGAACCCAGUACAUUUGAAUGGGCAUAGCACUCCUUCAAAUGGCUACAGCCAAGGAAUUACACCGACCCCACAGCAGCCGUCGGAUUCCAGCGCCCCUUUUCCUGGGCCCCCCCCAGCCGCGGUUGUUGAGAGGGAUCAGUGGGGAGGGAAGUACGAGUUCCUGCUCUCCUGUAUCGGUUACUGCGUGGGUCUGGGCAACGUGUGGAGGUUCCCUUACCUGUGUUACCGUAAUGGAGGAGGAGUGUUUCUCAUCCCCUACUUCAUUAUGCUCUUUGUGACGGGAGUACCUCUCUUUCUCAUGGAGCUGAGUUUAGGCCAGUAUGGCUCAGCUGGCCCAAUCAUGGUGUGGAAAUGCUGCCCUCUGCUUAAAGGCAUUGGAAUCGGGAUGCUGUGUGUGUCCACGUUGGUGUGCCUCUACUAUAAUGUGAUCAUAGCGUGGACAUUUUACUACCUGGGCAGCUCUUUCCAGAGCCCCCUGCCCUGGUCGUGUGAUGCCCUGAGCAACGCUCUGAUCUGCGGUAAUGGCACCGUUGGCAAUAGCUCCAUGGAAGGACGGCACAGCCCAACAGAAAUUUUCUGGAAUGAGAAAGUUCUGGGUGUCGUGAACAGUGAGGGCCUUCAUGACCCGGGCCCUGUGCGUUGGCCCCUGGCUCUGUGCCUCUUGGCUGCCUGGAUCAUCAUCUUCCUCUGUAUGCUGAAAGGCAUCCGCAGCUCUGGGAAGGUGGUCUAUGUAACAGCUACCUUCCCAUACUUUGUCCUCAUUGUUUUGAUAAUCCGAGGUGCCACACUGGAGGGUUCUCUUCAGGGCGUCGCUUUCUACCUCACACCAGACUGGAGCCGUUUAGCUAACGCACAGGUGUGGAACGAUGCCGCCUCUCAGAUCUUCUACUCUUUAGGCAUAGGGGUUGGAGGGCUGCUUUCUAUGGCGUCUUACAAUAAGUUCGACAACAACGUCAUCAGGGACACCAUCGUUAUCACAGUUGGAAACUGCAGCACCAGCUUCUUUGCAGGAUUUGCUAUAUUCUCCAUCCUGGGUCACAUGGCGUGGAGGAAGGGAGUGCCUGUUGGAAAGGUGGCAGACACAGGUCCUGGACUGGCUUUUGUUGCUUAUCCAGAAGCGCUCGCUCUCCUACCAGGCUCUGUUUUUUGGUCUAUCAUGUUCUUCCUCAUGCUAUUCAUGCUUGGGGUCGAUACUCUGUUUGGCAACAUGGAGGGCAUCACCACAGCCGUAUUGGAUGAGUUCCCCAACCUCAGAAGGAACACCUUCCAUAAGGCCUUGUUUUUGGGCACGCUGUGUUUUGUCUUCUACCUGAUGGGCCUCCUGCUGGUGACGGAUGGCGGGAUAUACUGGUUCACUCUCAUUGAUUCCUUCAGCACCAGUUUUGGCCUCAUCAUCAUCACCCUAUUCAUGUGCAUUGGCAUCUCCUUCUUUUAUGGAGUCAAUCAGUUCUGUCAGGACAUCAUUGACAUGAUCUGCCACUGCCCUCCUUGGUGCAGCAAAGUGCUGAUUUACUUCAAAGCCUGUUGGGUUUUCUGCACACCUUUUCUCCUUCUGUUCAUCCUGAUCUACAUUUUCUUAGAGAUGUACAACACACCCCUCCAGUAUGGCUCGUACGUGUAUCCGCGGUGGGGCAAAGGUUUAGGUGUGUGCAUGGGUGCGACCUGCUGUUUGCAGAUCCCCAUUUGGGCCAUUGUGGCCAUCAGCAGGGAAACCGGGAGUCUAAAAGAACGCUUCAAAAAAUCAAUCCGACCUCUGAACUCCUGGAGGGUAAACAACUCAAACCGCGCAGCGAUUAGCGAGGAGCAGGUGGAGCCUGAGCAAGUGGAGGCUCCUUACACCGUCACGCUCACAGACAUGGAUUUUACAGCCAUGACCUGGGAAAUGGGAAGCGAUGCAUAAGGAGACGGCAGGGAUGGGCAUUUAUUGAAGAGCAAACUAUUUGUUUAAGAGACAGAUUUUUCUUUUUGUUUUUUUACUCGCCCCAGCAAGGAUCUGGUGGCUGUUGGAUCUGGUGUCCUGCUGGCCAGUGUGGAAUAAUAGAUUUAUUUAUUCUACCUUGUAUGUAUGUAUAAAUGUUGUUUUUAAAGAACCUGCCUUGGAUUGAUGCCAGCAUACAGAGGUUAAGUUGACCGUCUUGUAUAAUGAACUUGCUGAUUUAAAAAAAAAACAACAAAAAACAAUAUCAUCAUGAAGCCCCCUCCAUGGAAGGACAUGAAGGAAUUGAUAUUUAUAUCCGACUAAAUGGUAUUCCCCACAAACCCCUUCAUCAUCGACAUAUUUUAACCAACCUUCUUAUUUAAACGGAAUAAAAAGUAUUUUAAGGAUAAAUACAUCAGAUGAUUUGUUAAAUUAAGUAUUAAAGAAGUUUCUUAUGAAUGUUAAUUUUUGCUGGCAACUUAUAUAUUUAUUUUAUUUUCAACAUUGUCCGACAUGCAAACACUAUAUGUGUGGAGGAAAACUAGCACUGCUCAUCUUCUGGGACACACCACCCCCACUGUGAAACACGGCAGUGGCAGGAUCAUGCUGCAACCCUUUUCCUUCAGAAGGAACCAGGAAGCGGGUCAAAGUUGAUGGGAUGCAGGACAUAGAUUUAAUACUAUGUUUAAUCCUAAAAGUUAAAAACUGUCUGUAAAAUGUAGAAAAAUAAUGUAUUGGUGUUUAUUUGCAGGAUUGGCCUUAAUGCAUUUAUGUACGGUAGUAAUGGUGACAUGUUGGUGGAACUGUAGUGGUGUUGCCAAGUCUUUUGGUAUCAGUAAAGAAAGGAGUUUAUUUAUUUUCAUUUUUUUUUUUUUUUUAGUGACAAAAUGAACAUGAACCUUCCAUUUUUGUUUACCAAACUAGUUGCACUUUGGACCCUGUGUGCCUGGAGGUGGGGUUUGUUCUAAGAAAGCACCUUGAAAGCUGUAUACUGUAUGCUGCCUUGUUAAACAAUCUAAAAACUAUUACACUGUUGCUUUUUCAAAAA